AAAAAAUGAACCGAUAGUUUUUAUUUUUAUCCUAUAUAUAAAUAAAGCACUGUGCAUGAACAUUUUUCUAGGGUUUUGUUGAAAUGGAAAUGAGUAGUAGACGAUCAAAUUAUACUUUAUUGAGUCAAGUACCGGAUGAUAAUUUCGUUCCUAGAGGUGGUGAUUGGGAAUUAAUUGAUCAACGUAAUUUGAUUCAACAACAACAACAACCAAUUAAUCGGAUCGGUGGUUUGCAAAGACAAUCAAGUGGUAGUAGUUUCGCUGAGAGUUCAAUAUCCGGUGAUUAUUACGUACCAUCAUCAUCUAAUGCUAAUGAAAUGGUGUCGUUUGGGUAUUUAAAUAAGCCAUUGGAAGGGGGAGCUAAUAAUAAUAAUAAUAAUAAUAAUAAUAGUAAUUUGUGUGGUGGUUUGGGUUUGGGUUCGAGUUCGAAGAGUUGGGCACAACAAACUGAAGAGAGUUAUCAGUUGCAAUUAGCUUUGGCUUUAAGGCUUUCUUCUGAAGCUACUUGUGCUGAUGAUCCCAAUUUCUUGGAUCCCGUGCCAGAUGCGUCGUCGUCGUCGCGUGGUUCGGUUUCAGCUGCUUCAGUCGAGACUGUUUCGCAUCGAUUUUGGGUAAAUGGAUGCUUGUCCUACUUUGACAAAGUGCCUGAUGGAUUUUACUUGAUUCAUGGGAUGGAUCCAUAUGUCUGGAUUGUCUGCUCAGAUCUACAAGAAAAUGCCCGCGUUCCAUCCAUUGAAUCAUUGAGAGCUGUUGAUCCCUCUGUAGUACCAUCAGUUGAAGUGAUUUUGGUUGAUCGGCGCACCGAUCCUAGCUUGAAAGAACUGCAGAAUCGGAUCCAAAAUAUCUCUCCUAGUUGCAUAACAACAAAAGAAGUAGUUGAUCAGCUUGCUAAUGUGGUCUGCAAUCAUAUGGGGGGCGCAGCUUCUGCUGGAGAAGAUGAGUUAGUUCCUUUGUGGAAGGAGUGCAGUGAUGACCUGAAGGAUUGUCUAGGAUCCAUCGUGCUUCCCAUUGGUAGCCUGUCUAUUGGCCUUUGUAGGCAUCGAGCUUUGCUAUUUAAAGUGCUUGCUGACAUAAUUGAUUUACCAUGUCGAAUUACCAAAGGAUGUAAAUAUUGUAAUAGAGCUGAUGCUUCCUCGUGUCUAGUUCGAUUUGGACUUGACAGGGAAUACCUGGUUGAUUUGAUUGGGAGCCCUGGAUGUUUAUGCGAACCAGAUUCCUCGCUCAAUGGCCCAUCUUCUAUAUCAAUUUCUUCACCAUUGCGAUUUCCGAGAUUCAGAGAAGUUGAACCAAAAACUGAUUUCAGGUCACUUGCCAAACAGUAUUUCUCGGAUUGUCAAUCGCUUAAUCUUGUGUUUGAGGAUUCUUCAGCAGGAGCUGCUGUUGAUGGAGAUGCAGGACAAACUGACAGAAGUAACAUCGAGAGAAACAGUGCAGUCCCUAGUUCAAGUAACCGUGAUGAGAUUUCUCGAUUACCUGUGCCUUCAAUUAAUGCAUGGAAAAAGGGUCAUGACAAAGACAGUCAACUUCCUGGUAUAUAUAAUCCUCAAAAUAUCUUAAGCUCAAUGAACAUGGACAGGGAGAUGGCUCCUAUUAAGCAUGUACCUUCAGUUGGGCAGGGAGAUGCGCGACCGCUAAUGUCAUUAUCAGACCCAAGACAGAGGUUUCUUGAGGGAGGUAGUCAACUUGUUCCCGCUAAAACAAGUAGAGACCUUGCCCUUGAAGUAGAAGAUUUUGAUAUUCCCUGGGAAGAUCUUAUUCUGAAGGAGAGGAUUGGGGCAGGGUCUUUUGGUACUGUUCACCGUGCUGAUUGGAAUGGCUCGGAUGUUGCGGUGAAGAUUCUCAUGGAACAAGAAUUUCAUCCAGUGCGAUUCCAGGAAUUUUUGCAGGAGGUUGCAAUUAUGAAGCGGUUGCGACAUCCAAAUAUUGUGCUUUUUAUGGGUGCUGUUACUCAGCGACCAAACUUGUCGAUAGUCACAGAAUAUUUAUCAAGAGGUAGCUUAUAUAGACUUCUUCAUAAAUCUGGUGCUAGGGAGGGUUUGGAUGAAAGGCGUCGGUUGGCUAUGGCAUACGAUGUGGCAAAGGGGAUGAAUUAUCUACAUAAACGCAAUCCUCCCAUUGUUCAUAGAGAUUUAAAAUCUCCAAAUCUUUUAGUGGACAAAAAAUACACAGUGAAGGUCUGUGAUUUUGGUCUUUCUCGUUUAAAAGCAAACACAUUUCUCUCAUCAAAGUCGGCUGCUGGGACUCCGGAGUGGAUGGCACCUGAAGUUCUUCGUGAUGAACCAUCAAAUGAGAAAUCUGAUGUAUACAGCUUUGGUGUCAUUUUGUGGGAGCUGGCAACCUUGCAACCACCUUGGGGUAAUUUGAACGCAGCGCAGGUUGUAGCAGCUGUCGGCUUUAAGGGGCAAAGACUCGAAAUUCCACAUGACUUGAAUCCUCAAGUGGCAAGCAUUAUUAAGGCUUGCUGGGUCAGAGAACCAUGGAAACGUCCCUCCUUUUCUGCAAUCAUGGAAAUGCUGAAACCGCUAAUUAAACCUCCUGCAGUACCUCCUCAACCAGGCCGUACAGACAUGCAGUUGCUUACGUGAAUGUCUGUGAUAGAUAUAUGAUUUCUGCACAUAUUUGUAUUCUUUGUCAAUCAUCUUCUGGGAGGGACAAGUCUUCGUUUACUUCAGGUUCCUGUAUCCUGAAAUCUGUCUCUUCAUUCUGCUAGAUUAUACUUUUCCCUUGGGUGCCCACAUAUUAGUCCCAUUUUAAGUCAGUGCAACACUGCAAUUAGAAGUUAAGUGUUGGUGAUCGUAUCAACUAUCUGACUUCAACUUGGGAGAUGUGAGAGGGUUCACCUCUUGCUGUUUCUUUUGUUCUGUACAUAUUAGUUCAGAAUGCCCGUGUAGAGCUGUAAUUUUUUAUUUUUUUCCCACGAAUUCAAGCUGCCAUGUCUCCUAGAAGACCAUUUGCAAUUGGCUUGUACACUUCCUCCUGGACAUAUUGUUUAGCCAUGUGAUUUUGUUAAUGCCAGAAACUGUUCUUUAAUUUUCCUUUCCAGAAAUGAUUUUGUAUGUAUAAGAAUUUAUAAUGGGAAGUUGUCUUAUAGAAAUGCACAGUUUGAAUCA